CUUAGAUUCUUCAUGUUCUUUUUUUCUUCAAGAUGUUGAUUGAUAACUCACCCUGUUUGUUGGCAAAAGCUGGGCCAAAGUGGGGGCUAUGAAUUUUCUCUCAUCUUUGUAGUUAUGUAGCUAGAUUCAUUUCAUCUGAUACGAUAUGAAUUUACACCCAGGAACCCUGACCACAGAUGCAGUGAAGAAUUUUACUGUCCUCGAAUUAUUGCUGGGAUGCCUAACUAUCUUUACAUGCAUACAUGCAUGAUGGAUGUGUACCAAAGAGGGGAUUGUUGCUCUUUUUUUGCCAUUUCCUUUUGGAUUUUACUGCAGGGCCAGACCAGUGAGAUCUAUGGCUACCAGAUGGGACAGAGGUCGGUCCCUCGAUUCCCCCAUAUGCAUGCUUCGAUAUGAAGAGAAAAGGCGAUGGGGCAUCCAGCCACAAUUAGUGCAUAAUAAUAUGUUGACAGGAAUGAAUCGCCCCACUCACUACAAGAACAGAAAAUGCCAGCCGCUGUGCCAUUUGCUCCUUGCAUUAAUUGUUGCAGGCUUUUUGUGGGUAAGGUCCUGCUGCUACUGCGUACUCUCCUGGCGCCAUUCCAUUUUUAGCAUUGCCAGAUCCUGAGAUCCCGACCUUUUUAUCAUUCCAUGCCCACUCGGAUUUGUUACUUUCCUCCAAUUCCAGAGUCUUUAAGUCUUAACUCAUGACCAUAUCUAGGAAAAGGGAUUUGGGAUCAACUUGCUUGACUGAUUGUACGUACUUGUGAAGAUGUGUCCUAGCUUCCGUGAUUGUGUUUACGCUCAGAAUUAACUCAGUAACACAUUAACUAGCUAGUUACAGGGAGUUUAAUGGCUUUGUAUGACUAACUGAGCAUAGACAAUUGAAUUAUUUAAGUUGGAGC